UUUGCUGGUUUGUCCCUGCUCGGCUCCCUUUCGUCCAACACGUGAUCACGCGUCAUCGUCAGUCCCAGCAGGUUAGCGGUGUAGCUGCAGAAAAACAAAAAAAACAAAACCCACAACACUCGCUUUUAUUUUUUAAAUACCUUUUUUUAUUUUUUAAUCUGAAUACGAGGACAGACGAUGGAGAUCGGGACAGAGAUCAGCAAGAAAAUCCGAGCUGCCAUCAAAGGCAAGCUUCAAGAGCUCGGUGCUUACAUAGAUGAAGAGCUCCCUGACUACAUCAUGGUGAUGGUAGCAAACAAGAAGACCUCCCAACAGAUGGCCGAUGAUCUCUCCCUUUUCCUCGGAAGCAACACUAUUAAAUUCACCGCCUGGCUGCAGGGUGUCCUGGAGAAGUUAAGAUCCGUCGCUGUCGAGCCUGCAUCGCUCAGACACCAGCUACAGUCCGACGGCGGCGCUGCGGCCGGUAAGAGCAGGUCGUCUGUAAGCGAAGACGGCAGAGCGGAGGACACUAAGGUGCUGACGGUGUCCAGCUCACGCUCCGAUAGGACUGAAGCACGCGUGUCCAGUUCAGCUCAUGAAAGCAGGAGAGGCGCCUUGGAGAAGAGUUCUUCUCGACUUACCUCCGCCGUGAAGCCCCUCAUGGAGCCGCUCCCCUCAGAAGCUGUUAUCGACAUCAAACCAGAGAUGGAUGACGACCUCAUCGCUGAGGACCCUGUGGAAAUGGGCACAAACCAUGGCCGAACACGUGGCGCAGCUAGUAGACCCACAGCUGAAAUCUACAGACCGGGUCAGAGCAAGUUUACAUCGGUAAACUCUACGGACAGGUGUCGACCCACAGAAGGAUCCUCCCACAUCAGGCAGCAGGACGGAAGAGGCAGCAGAUCCUCCAGAACCGGAUCCUCUAAGGAUGAGUUGUCACGGAAGCGUAAGGCGCCAGUAGCGAGUUCGGUGGUGCGAGUGAGCCGAGCAGCAGACGAGGACAGCGAUGACAUGGAGGAGGAAGAUACAGGCUACGGAGGCAGAGGCCUGUCCAGCAGAGUGUCCCUACCCUCCAAACCAGAACGCAAACCUACUCUCCCUCCAGCCAAGCAAGCCAACAGGAAUCUGAUUCUGAAGGCCAUCUCUGAGGCUCAGGACUCGAUCACCAAAACCACAGCCUACCCCACAAUACCACAGAGGCAGACUGUUCCUGUGGCACCUCGUACUCGCUUGGCCAGCAGCGAAGAGAUGACUGCAGCCAUCCAGCUGGUCCAGGAGCACCUCCACAGCUUGGCCCCGAGGGUUCAGGCGUACACCUCCGCAGAGCUACCUCCUUCCAGAACAGCUGCUCCAGUGAAAUCCUUAGCUUCACGCCUUCAGUUGGACUUGGCAGCAGACAGCAGCGAUGGAGGAGAGCAGAGUGACUAUGGCAUCGAGGUCGCUGCAGGCAGUGAGGCCAAGCCAUUUGAUACCCGCUCCUUCAUAGUGAGUCGACCACAAAUGCAAGAACCUCCAACCAGAAGCCAGCAGCGUCUUCAGUCUUUAGUCAAAGAUGAAGUCCAGUCUGCUUUGCCACGCACUGUUCAGGCCAGUAAGGAGAGGGGCGACUCUGCCAGCCCCAAGUUCAUAGUGACAUUAGACGGCGUACCAAGCCCACUGGGGGGUCUUGCAGAGUGUGAGAUGGAGCUGGAUGAUGUGAGACCAUCCGCAAAGGUCACGGAGGCGACCGUCCACGCCAACAGGGAGCCAAAAGUCAGCGUCCUUCACAGACUACAGAGAGGCAUCGCAUCGUCAGAAGAUGAUGUGAUGGACAUGGAGGUGGUGGAGGAGGAGGUCCCUGUAAAGAAACAGAAGGUGCUGGAACGCUGCAAGUUCUGGCCUGUCUGUAAAAGUGGUGACGAGUGUUCGUACCAUCACCCUACUACACAGUGCAAGACUUUUCCCAGCUGCAAGUUUGGGGAUAAAUGCCUUUUCGUUCAUCCUAAUUGUAAAUACGACGCCAGGUGUAGCAAGCCAGAUUGUCCUUUCACUCAUGUCAGCCGCAGAGGCGCAGCUGCUCCUCCGCCCAGGCCAGCCGUGCAGCCGGCGCACACCACCAGUGUGUGUCGAUUUUUCCCAGACUGCAAGAAGAUGGACUGUCCGUUUUAUCACCCCAAGCCGUGUCGUUUCGCAGCGCAGUGCAAACGAGCCGGAUGUACCUUCUACCACCCGACCACGUCUGUGCCUCCGAGAAGUGCCCUGAAGUGGACAAAAACACAGAGCAGCUAAUUAAGUCCAGGGAGUCUGACAGAAGUCUGAUGGUUAACUCGUGAAGCUGUGGAAGAUGAUCUGUAUCCGUGUUCAUGGAACUUCAUUCUCAGAUUUAACUGUUAUUUCAUUUCAUUUUAAUGUUUCGUUUAGACUGAUUUUUAAGAGUGUUUUGUAACGUAAACAGGUCAGGUUUUUUCUGAUUAUCUGAGAAUAUUAAAAGACUUCACAUUUA